UUUCCUCUAGGUACCUAUUGUUCUAUGUUCAAUCUAAUAUUUAUUGGUUUUCUGAUGUUGCUCUCCAGAGCGGCCAUCGAUGCGAAUUUAAAUCCUCCUAAUUGCAUUUUCUUAAUUAUAUUCCUAAGCAGAAAGCAAAGCAUAGCACAUCACGGGAGAUGGAAAAUAACAGAAGCAAAGUAACAUCUGAUAUCGGACUGAUUUUUAUUCAAUUUAAUAGAUGAUACGCAGUGUGCCGGAUCAAAAAAAAAAAAGAAAAACUAUUGAAUUAAAGCGUAAUUGAGAUGCUGAAGACACUGUGACGCUGAGAGGUCACUAGAUUGAGAAACAAGAGGAAUAUAUUCAGGUACAUAUGUGUUUAACGGUUCUGUUUCGGUGUUGUGCAUGUUUUUUUUUUACCUAAAAGGGGGACGCACUGUGCUGUUCAUGUGGAGCACCUCGUGCAACAUCAAUAAUUUAAUGUGAAUCACUGAAGUCUUUGUCUGAUAUCCUGGUCGUGGUGGUGGUAAGGAGUCUGUGAUUGCUUUUGAACGCACAAUAAACUGGGAUCUGCACAACCCGAGGAGACGAAGCAGCAGACUUCGUGCUGUGCCUGAACUACAGGCUCGGCUCAGCCUACUCGUAUAAUUCCUGCAUUAAAUUCACCGGCAUUACAUCAUCGGGUUUCCAUCCUGAGCGUCAAAGGAGCCUCGUUUAAUAUUUAACGGGACUGGAGGAUCAGAUCAGGAAGAGGGACAGUCAGACGGCUGGACACUGCACAAGACAAUCAUGGGAUUUAAAACAAUUGGAAGUGGCACUUAAAUAAAACAAAAGACCCCUAUCUGCACUGGAAGAGCUUCUGGAAAGAAAAAGAUGAUAUGGCUGAGGCGAACCCAGGAGUGAUCGAGGUACAGGGUGUUGCCUCUUACGAGGAGUAUGAGUGCAAAAUAUGCUACAAUUAUUUCGACCUGGAUCGCCGGGCGCCUAAAAUACUGGAGUGCUUGCAUACAUUUUGCGAAGAGUGCCUGACGACGUUGCACCUCAGGGAGGACAGACCGUGGCGUAUUAGCUGUCCGAUAUGCCGUCACAAGACGCCAGUACCGGAUUACCGGAUCCAGAAUUUGCCCAACAACACAAAGGUGACAGAGGCUUUCCCUCUGUAUAUCGAAGCGGACCCUUUGCCCCAAGACACUCUGCCCCCGCAGCCGCCGCCGCAGCACCCUGCGCUAACCCCGAGGACUGAGGAAAGCGCGGCGCAGACGGCGGCUGCAGCUCUCCCGCCCGCUACCCAUACCCCAGCCCGGUACGAGAGCUGCCAGAGCUGCAAGCGGGCCGCCCUGACCACGGGCUGCGUGUGCGUCGUUUUCUCUUUCCUCUCCAUGCUCGUGCUGCUCUUCAUGGGUCUGAUCUUUGUUCACAAUUACAACAACCCCCCCUCGCCCAUAGGCCCCAUCUGUCUGUCCGUCGCCAGCAUCUUAGCCAUGUUUUCUGUGGUCGUCACGUGGGUGAUCUGCUGGUUGAAGUACAGACCAGAGCAGGAAAACAACCGGUCGUCGACAUCCAAUUCCAACAGGAGGAAUACUUAGGACCCUUUGUGUCUGUGCACAUCUCAUUCUGCAGAGCAGAACUUACAAUAUGGCAUUUUAUUCAAUCUUAAAAUAAUAAUAUGACGCUGGAUCUAUAGCCCAGCCGAUAAUUUUAUUAAUGCCUCCAAAUAGUUCUGAUUUUGUUGACUGUGAUUUUAUUUUGCCGAUACCUGACCUCUUGACUGCCCACAGGACGUCAUUAUUCCUGCUUUUAUUUUCAUUGUUAUUUGACACUUGAUCUGAAGGGCACCGUGUCUGCGUUUUAUUUUUAAUUCCGUGAAUCACGUGUAUUGUUCUUAUUCUAACAAUAUUUUUUUUUCUAAAUCUGAGGUAGAAAUUCGAUCAUCCAGUUCUUGAACAAAACAAACAACAUCCAAAGAUGUGUAAUGAUCGCGAAUCCAUGCUUACUUAAAGUUAUUACUCAGUGAGCAUGGGCUCGAACAGGGAAAAGAGGAAAAUACCCAGCAAGCAGCUGAAUUGGACAUAAUGUGGCAAUACGGGGCAAACUUGAUAUAUGCACAUACUCUCAAUCUUAACAUGGUUUGGUCGACUUUCUAAACUGAAAUUAUUUGCGAUGUAUUGAUGCUUGCAAUGAUUUUUUUCUAUGUAUGGUACUUGGUCUAGAUGUGAUGAAAUGUCUGCCCUUUGUAUGCUGUUUUUUAUCUGGGCUGAAGUAGUUGAAAGGAUGCGGCUAAUAGCACAAAGGCAAAUAUUUACACAAGCAAAAGACCUGCACUGAAUCACGGCUUCAAAACCCAAGUGUUGCUGAAUGUCACUACUUUUAUCAUACACCUCCAAGGUGUUAAUUCACUAUAGCACACUGAUAAUUCACUAUAGCACACUUGGAAAUGUAAUCACAUUGCAGUGUUCCUCACAAACGUGGGUCUGCAACAGAAGUACAGUGUAUGCCUGCACUAAGUAUGUUAAUGAACUAUGAAGGCUUUUAAGAUUAAAAUAGUUGGCCUUAAUGGUUUUGGACUGGAUUUCCUUAAAAAAAAACUUUUGUUAAAGGUUACUGGAGUGAAAUGAUUCUGCCACGAUUUAAAAUGUACAUCUGGCCGGGGAAUGACAAAGCAGUGUUUUGCAAGAUGGGUAUACAGUGUAAAUCUUAAACGCAUUUCUGUUGUUAUUGUUUAGGGAAUAUACAAUGUAGCUACUCACAUAAUUGUAAACUAUGUGGUGUUUAUACAAAGCCAGAUUUAAAUAAAAAUAAUGCAGCAUUUAUGGUUGUUCUCCAUGUGACUUAAAACAGUAGUAGUAGCACCCGUUGCUUCACUGUAAAUGAUACUGCAUCAUGGUCUCUAGAGCAAGAAUUUAUUUCAAAGUCUUUUUACACAAUUCUGUCAGUGACAUUAAGCUUUUAUGUUCUGUGACAUGAUCUGUGCUGGGUACACAGCAAAGGAGGAAAGAAGAGAGAAUGUUUAUGGAUAUGUUUUAACGUUUUUUUUGUCCUUUCUAUAAAUGGAGUUCUAGUAGAAAUCUAUUUUUGCAAUCUUUUUUUAUUUCACAGUAUGGGCUGGAUUUGUUUACUCAACUGGAAUUAUCUGCACAAUUCUUUUGAUUGUUGAAUACUGUAUCCAAAUAAAAUGAGAUUUCUCGA